CUACUUCUACAAUAAAUUUCUUCAGCUUAACAUUGCGCUCUGCUCCAGCUCAUUCCUUUAUCAACUUACAAGCUCGCUGCAUUUUGUACUACUAACACAAAAUACCCAACCAUGACCCCUCGCAAGAAGGACGUCUUAUCUUCGGUGACAGCGACUGCAGAUAACGCAGACAAGCCGGCAAACGAUCUGCGCCAGAAGACUCAGUUGAACCGGAUUCCCCAGCCAGCGCGCUUUGUGUUGGUCGUCCUGAGUAGCCUGGCACUGAGUGCUGGAUUCUUCAGUUUCACGUCUGGAGCUACCCUUGGCGAACUGGGCGGCGUGAGCAGACAUCUCGAAGCAUGGUGGGAAGUGGGGGGCUUGACGGCUUGGAAGGCAGUAGAGGUUGGGUUAGCCUGGAUCUUGGGCUUUGAUGGACGAGAUGUGUCGUCAUUCAUGUUCCUCACCCACCUCCCCACCUACGCACUCCUAGCAUCUUUCUACAACAUCCGCCCCACCACGGUUUUGAUCUCUUAUGCGAUCAUCUUAUUCUCAACCUCAGUCCCCUUUGUACUCCUGCGCAAACCGACUUGCGUGCACGACCUGUCGCAUGCUCCUUCCGAUGCAGUUCGCAACCGCUCCAUCCUUCAGGACCGCGCGACAACCAUUUAUACCACUAUCGCCGCGACAUCGAUUCUGACUGUCGUUCUAUACCUAAGCUAUGCGACCUGGCUCCCAACACAACUAGUCCUCCACUUCGAAAACAUCCCCGACAUUAGCGCCGUUCACGCCGGUCCCGCAGGUCUGCCAACCCUCUUCCUCGCCCUCCUCCCAGCCGGCUGGGCGGCGAGAGAUUUUCUUUUCGUUAGUUCCACUGGCGCAGCCGCGCCUAAGAGGACCGACUCGACCGAAAAGAGCUCCACAUCGCACGAGGGCGAGUACCUCGCCUGUGCAGUUUAUCGGAAGACCUGGGGAGCACUCUCGCCCAAGACGAGAGUUCUUAUCUCGCGAACGGUACUUCUCGCAGCCAUGCUGCUCAGUAACACCAUUGUCCAGUUGGCAGGAACCAUUGAGGGAGUUGCCAUCGAGGGUGCGUCUGCUUGGGGUUCAAUCUGGGCUGUCGCAAUUUUGGCUGUUGGAGCGACUUUUGGUUGGAUCGAGGCAGUUGAUGGGGUAUGAUUGCUCGGUUGAUGAACUCGGGAUUAGUAGUAUGAAAUGUGACCACGACGAAAAGCGCUUCCUUUACGUUUCCCCCCCUGAUGACCUGGGAUGGAUGAAACUCUGUCAUGACCUUUUCACCUUUAUCCUUCGAAAUGAUGUUUAGCUUUGGCGCUUCAGGUUAUAUCCGAUUCUAUUCUCUUAUGUUUCCUCCUUUUCUCUUCU